UGCUGGCUUUAAAAACGCUGACAGCGUGAGAAGAGCUCCUGCACUGAGCUCCAGCACGCGCGCGCGCGCGCACACACACACACACACACACACACACACUGCAUUUCAAAACCUAAUGGCGCCAACGUAGGAUACUGGUUUGAUUUAAAACGCAUAUGUUUUUGCCUUAUGGAUACAACUGUGGAUGAUUUUUGCUCCAGAAAUGAAGUAGUCUUAAUUAAUCGGAUACGACAGAGUGAAAGGCAUCAGUUUCUAAAAGUUGUUUGAACUUGCACGAGCAGAGAGCGCACUCGCGACUUUUCCCACAGCGGCUUGAGCGCAUGGAGCGCGCUUUCAUGAAGGGAAUGGAUUCAGAGCAUUGGUUUCUACGCUUCUGGUGAAUCUGGUGUCUUUUUUUUUUUUAACGAACCCCACCUCCUCUUUCACCGCCACUGGAUUUCUGUGUUUUCGUUCAGAGAGGCCGUUCAAAUGCUGGAAUGGAUCGGCGUUGUUUGUGUCCUCCUCUUGGUGGCCACGGUCUGGCCAGUGCUCAAACAUUUGGGAGCGUUUUUAAGGGGGCCUGAAAUCGCACGAGGAGAGAGGAGCGCAUCGGAGCGUGCAACUGGGACAGAGCCUAUUAAAGUGCACGAGCCGGCAGGUGAAUCAUCAGCCCCUGUCGCGUUCAUCUGCAAGCCCUCGGCACUCGCCAAAUACCUGCUCAAAUACUGCGCGAGCUUCUGCAAAUACGUACCGAGCCCGGCGUGGCACUGGCGGGCGAGUCCGUGCUUGCAGACAGUUUGGGGUGCUCUUUGGCCGCACGACUGCGCCGUGCAUUUCAUCCGAGAUUAUUUACAGCUGAGUGACGACGGCCUGGUAGCUCUAGAUUGGGCUGUUGUUGGUCCGAAGAGGAGGAGGACUUCAAGCAAUUCCUCCAGUCCCAUCCUUCUAAUCAUUCCCAACUCUUUCGGAAAGCUGACCAGGAACGUAUUACAGCUCUGUGAGGCAGCUUUGAAUCAUGGCUACCUCCCUGUGGUGUUUAACCGGCGCAGUCAGAAUGGUACCCCACUCAGCACCAUCAAACUACAAGAGUUUGGUGACCCAGCCGAUCUGCGCGAGGCGGUACGCUAUAUACGGUACCGCCAGCCUGCUGGCCGUGUCUAUGCGGUGAGUGAGAGCACUGGCUCAGGCCUUCUCCUGUCAUACCUGGGAGAGUGUGGCUCCUCCAGCUACAUGACUGCUGCUGCCUGCCUGUCGCCCAUCUUUCGCUGUCAGAGCUGGUUUGAGAGUGGUCCUGGCUGGCCCUUCCACUGGGUCCUCCUGCUCUAUCAGAAGGUCUGCCUUAGCAGGUACAGAACAGUGCUUGGGGAGCUGAUCCAUAUUGACAGCCUGUUCUCCAGCCGCUCACUCAGGGCCAUGGAAGAAGUGCUGUUCUGUCAGUCCGGUCUGAAGGAGGCGCCAUCUGAAGGAGCCUGGGAGGCGUACUGGGAACGCAAUGACGCACUGAGGGACGUGGACGAGGUGGCAAUCCCCGUGCUGUGCGUGUGCAGCCGCAACGAUCCGAUCCGCGGCGAAACUCGGGCCACGCUACCCCUAGAGCUAUUCGAGAGCAACCCUCACUUCUUCCUGCUGUUGACGGAAAGUGGAGGCCACUGUGGCUUCUCCUCUGCCAAUGAAGGCCCUGUGCUCUGGAGCCACCAAGCCGUUCUUGAGUUCUUCAGGGCUACCAGCGAUUUCUUUGCCGCUGAAGAGCGGGCCAAGGUGGCCGCCAGGCGUCGUGGUGUGAACCUGGGUGCCAAGUCUUUCCGCCACCGCAGCGUGAGCACCUACAAAAGGUUACCUGUCUGCUCACACAACAUCCACACCAUCUACAACUGGCAGAGGUCUUACACCAGAUGAUGAUUACUGACAGCUUGGAGGAGGGAAUUUUU